GUAACUGAGGCACCGAGAAGUUAAGUGACUUGCCCAAAGUCACACAGCUGACAAGUGGCCGAGCAGGGAUUCGAACCCGUGACCUCUGACUCCAAAGCCCGUGCUCUUUCCACUGAGCCACGCUGCUUCUCUACUUUUAUUGAGGACGAUUCUAGGUUUUCAGAUCCUUGAAACCUUUUUUGGCUGUUGGACUGGUAGAGGCAUCAUAUAAAAAAUGGUAGUGAUGAAGAGGAUCAUCAGCCUGGCACUUCCCUGCCAGCUCUUGUGGAGAAAUAUACAGAGACAGCAGUCUGUGCCAACGAGACCAUGCAGUUUAUAUACCUGCACAUAUAAAACCCGGAAUCGGGCCCUUCAUCCACUCUGGGAGAGGCCAGACCUGGUUCCCGGAGGAGAUCGACAGUCACCGAUUAAUAUCCAGUGGAGAGACAGUGUGUAUGAUCCAUGCCUGAAACCCUUACAAAUCUGUUAUGACCCAACUACAUGUCUUCACAUCUGGAAUAAUGGGUAUUCUUUCCUAGUGGAAUUUGAAGAUUCCUCAGAUAAAUCAGUAAUUACUGGAGGUCCUCUGGAAGGCAACUACAGACUGAAGCAAUUCCACUUUCACUGGGGAGCAAUAAAUGACUGGGGUUCAGAACACACUGUGGACAGUAAAUGUUACCCAGCAGAGCUACAUUUAGUGCACUGGAAUGCAGCGAAAUAUGGAAGUUUUGAAGAUGCUGCAUUGGAGGAAAAUGGCUUGGCUGUGAUUGGAGUAUUUUUGAAGUUAGGAACACAUCAUAAGGAGUUACAGAAAUUGGUAGAUGCAUUGCCAGCCAUUAAACAUAAGGACACACUCAUUGAAUUUGGCAAAUUUGAUCCUUCCUGCCUAAUGCCAUCCUGCCCAGAUUUUUGGACCUACUCCGGAUCGCUGACCACUCCCCCUCUUUCAGAAUCUGUCACUUGGAUCAUUAAGAAAAAGCCCAUAGAGGUUGAUCAUAACCAGCUUGAGGAAUUUCGGAUGCUGCUCUUCACUUCGGCCGGGGAGAAAGAAAAGAAGAUGGUCGACAACUUCCGUCCGCUUCAGCCGCUCAUGAACCGAACUGUCCGCUCUUCCUUCCAGCACGAUUAUAUCUUGCAUAUUCAGAAACGAACCAAGGAACAGACACAGCAAGUUAUUCCGUAAGGCAGGCACGCAGGAGCAGUAGCUCAUCUCAGAGCUAGUUUACUAUUGUAGCUUUCCUUUUAAAACAUUUAGAGCAACCCGAGCAGGUGGGUAAUAUUACUUUUAAAGGAUUUGGGUUUUUCUUUAGAGUUCCUCAUCUCUAAGGGGAAAAUAUUUACAGGGUAAGUAGAGUCUUAAAUCCCCGCCGUUACUUCUUGCUAUACAUUCCAUAUUUUAUGGGCAGUAUUCAUAGGGAACUUCAUAAAACAUUCAAGAUAUGGUAUAGAGAAGCACCUUCGGAAGCUAGCUUGCUUGGGCUUUAGAAACUAUUUCAGAGAUGUUAAAAAAACAUCUGUUCAAAGAGAGGAGAAAAUAAAGAAUCCCCCAAAUUAGCAUAAAAGGUGAUUGUGGUUCUGGCAAAUGAAUGGAAAAGAACAGAUAUCCUUUAAAAUAACAUUUGAGAGUGAAUGUAAGCAAGAUUGUUUUUAAGUCUUAAAAAUACAUUUAUGCAGAGAGCUAGAAAAUAUUUGAACAUUUAAUUAUGAACAUUUGAACAUUCAUUAUGGGGGAAAUUCUUAUUUAAAAGAAGCAGACUUUUACGGAUCAUAUAAUCAAACUCAUUUACUUCUAAUAAAAUGCUUUAGAAAAGUGA